UCCUCAGAUCCUAAGAAUAAGGGUCAUGGCACCCGGAACCCUCCUCCUGCUGCUCUCGGGGGCCCUGAGCCUGACAGAGACCUGGGCAGGCUCCCACUCCAUGAGGUAUUUCUACACCGCCGUGUCCCGGCCCGGCCGCGGGGAGCCCCGCUUCAUCGCCGUCGGCUACGUGGACGACACGCGGUUCGUGGGGUUCGACAGCGACGCCGCGAGUCCGAGGGCGGAGCCGCGGGCGCCGUGGAUGGAGCAGGAGGGGCCGGAGUAUUGGGAAGAGCAGACACGGAUCGCAAAGGAAGCCGCACAGACUUUCCGAGUGAGCCUGAACAACCUGCGCGGCUACUACAACCAGAGCGAGGCCGGGUCUCACACCCUCCAAAGGAUGUAUGGCUGCGACGUGGGGCCGGAGGGGCACCUCCUCCGCGGGUACUGGCAGGAAGGCUACGAUGGCGCCGAUUACAUCGCUCUGAACGAGGACCUGCGCUCCUGGACCGCGGCGGACGCGGUGGCUCAGAUCACCAGGCGCAAGUGGGAGGCGGCCGGUGAGGCGGCGCGCUUCAGGAACUACGCGCAGGGGGAGUGCCUGGAGUCGCUCCUAAGAUACCUGGAGAUCGGGAAGGAGGCGCUGCAGCGUGCGGAUCCCCCAAAGACACAUGUGACCCACCACCCCAUAUCUGACCAUGAGGUCACCCUGAGGUGCUGGGCCCUGGGCUUCUACCCUGCGGAGAUCACCCUGUCCUGGCUGCGGGAUGGGGAGGACGUGACCCAGGACAUAGAGCUUGUGGAGACCAGGCCUUCCGGGGACAGGACCUACCAGAAGUGGGCGGCUGUGGUGGUGCCUUCUGGAGAGGAGCGGAGAUACACAUGCCGUGUGCAGCAUGAGGGCCUGCCUGAGCCUGUGACCCUGAGAUGGGGGCCGCCUCCUGAGUCCACCAUUCUCACUGUGGGCAUCAUUGUUGGCCUGGUUCUCCUUGGAGCUGUAGUGACUGGAGUUGUGAUCCGAAGGAAGAAGCACUCAGAUUCUUCCCAUGAGGUAUUGAUGGGUUAAUUGAAGGAGAAGAUUCCUAAAAUUUGAGAGGAAAUAAAUGGAGGCUCUGAGAACCUUCCAGAAUCUGCCUCUUUGCUGUGUUACACACAUGUGUGGUUUCUUGGAUAUUGUCCACAAGUCUCUGAGAACCUGUCACAGGUGAGCUUCAGAAGAACUCGGCAAAGUAGCUUUUCCCUUCUCUAAGGGCACUAAGGCACAUCAGGAUUUUGUGACCUGUUCAAGUUACACAAGCAACUGUGUGACAGAAUCAAGGAUGAAAAACCAAUCCUUCCAUCAUAACCCAGUGACUUAAACUAGAAUCCAUUAAUCCUUCCUGAUAUUAAAUGGAUAUGUAAAUAAAUAUUCAGGGAGAGGGAGAGUGGAAAAAUCUACUCUCUACUGUGGAAUGCUAAUUAGUAAAUAUAAAAGAAAGGAUCGAGUUUGAAAAACCAUUGUUUUGCAACCAUAGUAGUAAUAAUGGAUACAGACAGGAAUCAUCAAGGAAGGCUAAACUAAUGAGUGAAUGUUGUUGAAGAACAGGAUAGUUACAUAUUUUCAAAGUAUCUCCCCUCAAGUUCCUUCUCAAUUAUAAUGGAAAACAGUAACUUUAUCCGGGAAAUACUUGGGAGGCACUGCCUUAACCCAGUGAUCAAGUUGACGUCACCCACAGUGGGCUUCCUGAUGUGAUGCUCUGAGAAGGAUGCAACAUCCCUUCUGCAAUAUUCCUACCAGAAAUGCCUAACUUGUAUCUAAUCAUGAUGAGACAUUGGAUAAACCCAAGUUGAAGAACUUUGCAUGAUAUAAAGGACCUGUCCUCUACGAAAAUGCCAAUAUAGUUAAAAAGAAAUAAAAUCUGAGGAACUGUUCCAGAUUAAAGGACACUAAAGAUAUGUGACAGCUGAAUGCAGUGCGUGUUCCUGUAUUAGAUCCUGGACUGGAAAACAAGUGCCUAUAAAUAUUAUUGUGAGAAUUUGGGACAUCUGAAUAGGGACAGUAUUAUUGAGUCAGUGUUAACUUCCCUGAUUUUGAUUAUUGUGCUCUGGGUGUGAAAGAAAUGUUCUUGUUCAUAGAAAUAUACGCUAAAACUUUUGUGAGUAACAAGGCAGAGAUAUCUACAAUUUAUUUUCAUAUCAUUAUAUAUGCAGCAAAUGUGCCAAAAUGUUAGCAGUUGGAGAAUCUGGGAAAAGGUAUAUAGGAUUUUCUUGUGCUAUACCUGCAUG